UCCGCAGGCAACACACAUAUAAAAUAUCAGGAUGCAGCUGCUUCAUCUUUUAUUACUGCUGUCGGUCAGUUUGGGCCAUGUCUGGGGCUACUCCUUUCUACUGAUCUCGCCCACUGCGGCAAAGUCACACUUCUAUGUCGGUCAGGCCUUGGCCAAGGGUCUGGUUGCCGCAGGACACGAGGUCACGGUGGUCUCGCCGUUUCCACAGAAGAAGCCUAUCAAGAACUACGUAGAUGUGGCAACGCCGAACAUAAUAACAGCCAUGGCUGUCAACAAAGCUAGAAUUCUGGACGUUGCUAAGAUACCUUUAGUAUUCCGCCUGCCUGUUAUGCAUGCCAUGGGUCUCAAGCUGACCCGAACUUUGAUGGAGGAACCUGAGGUACACACACUAUUGGCACAGAAUCGCACCUUCGACGCGGUCAUCUGCGAAGUAUUCAUGAAUGAGGCGCACUUUGGCUUUGCCGAGCACUUUCAGGCACCGCUGAUAGGUCUGAGCACCUUUGGAGCUUCUACUUGGACCACGCAGCUGGUUGGCACGCCUUCGCCGCCCUCCUAUGUGCCCAACUUUCUGCUCCAUUUCAGCGAUCACAUGAGCUUCUUUGAGCGUGCACACAACCUAAUCUUCACGGCUUACGAGCUGAUUUACCAGCACUUUUUCUAUUUGCCCCAGCAACAACAACUCUAUAGGAAAUACUUUCCCAAUAACAAGCAGGAAUUCUACGAACUGCGAAAGAAUACAGCGCUGGUGCUGCUCAAUAAUCACAUCUCCCUGGGCUUUUCCCGACCCUAUGCUCCGAACAUGAUCGAAGUGGGCGGCAUGCACAUAAAUCGCAAGAGCCAAUCGCUGCCGCAAAACAUAGAAGAGUUCAUCAAAGGCGCCAAGCACGGAGUCAUCUACUUUUCCCUGGGCUCAAAUUUAAGGAGCUCAGACUUACCGCUGGAAAAGCGUGAAGCAUUUGUCGAAACAUUCCGGAAUCUUAAGCAGCGCGUGCUUUGGAAAUUUGAGGAGCCCAAUUUGCCUGGCAAGCCAGACAAUGUCUUCAUUUCGGACUGGUUCCCGCAAGACGACAUUUUGGCGCACGAGAAUGUCAUCUUAUUCAUUACGCAUGGUGGUCUCCUCAGCACAACGGAGUCCAUUUUCCAUGGAAAACCCGUGUUGGGCAUUCCCUUCUUUGGUGAUCAGUUUAUGAAUAUGGCACGUGCAGAGCAGGCCGGCUAUGGAGUUACAGUAGCAUAUUCCGAACUGACAAGAGAGACGUUCCAGAAUGCUAUAGACAAAAUACUAACUAAUCCCAGCUACACGGAGCAGGUGCGUGAGAUGUCCUCUACAUUCCGGGAUCAGCACGAAACGCCGCUGGAACGCGCCGUCUAUUGGGUGGAGCAUGUGACUAGGCAGAAAGGCGCGAGAUACUUGAGAAGUGCUGCUCAGGAUCUCAGCUUUAUACAAUAUCAUAACUUGGAUGUUUUAGCUAUGAUCAUUGGAGGAUUAUGUUUGGCUCUGUAUGCCGUUUUUUAUUGCCUAGCGGCUCUUGUAAGGCUCAUUGGUAAAAGACUAGGUGGAAAGUCCACAAAAGUUAAAAAAAAUUAAUUUUGGUUUAUUGUACUAUAAUUGUUAUGGAUCCUAAGAAAUUAAAAUUGUUUAGUAAGGCUUACAAAUGGGUAAUUUAAAAAACACUGUGUAGUAUUCUAAGCAUUAAAUUAAACAUUUGUUUCCAUGAAAUACGAUUGCAGAUUACGGAAAUAUCAUAAAAGAAAUAUUAUAAAAAAAAGCACACCUAAAUGUGUUCAACAAUUCAACCUA